CAAGUGCAGAACAGCAAGUGCUGCACAGACAUAGGAAAGAUAACACUGCGAGGAAAGAGAGAGGAUUAUCACAGCUCCCAGGUGGGGACUGCACUGAUCAGCUGUAUUAUUGAUGGUGAGCCUGUACUGAUGGGCUGAGGACCUCUGACUUCAGCUCCCCAUGGUUGACCAUUACUACUUUGGAUCUUCCAUAUCAACCUAAAGGAAAGCAAUUACUUAUCAUGACAGGGAUUAGGGCGAUAUUCUAUUACUUCUUAGUGGAUCUUUUGACUUUACUCUGCUGGGCACAGGGCAAAGGUGGCCAACACUUUGGAAGCACUGUGGUGGUGUCUGAUGUCAACCUUUCCAACCAUGGAGACCAAGGGUCAUCAGAGCCCCCUCAGACUGCUGAGGGAUGCAGGGGUUAUUUUGAUGUCAUGGGGCAAUGGGACCCACCAUUCAACUGUAGCUCGGGGGAAUUUCUCUACUGCUGUGGCACUUGUGGCUUCAGAUACUGCUGUAAGUUCAAACAAGCAAGGCUGGACCAAAACACCUGCACUAACUAUGACAGACCAGUCUGGCUGCAGCCUGGGAAGACACCCCCUAAAAUUGAUGACCCUUCCCAUGACCCUACUAGGGAUAAAACUAAUUUGAUUGUCUACAUCAUAUGUGGAGUAGUGGCUGUCAUGGUGCUUGUUGGGAUUUUCACUAAAUUGGGACUGGAGAAGGCUCAUAGACCACAGAGGGAAAAUAUGUCAAGGGCUCUUGCUGAUGUGAUGCGACAACAGAGUCAUUGUGCAACAGAACACACGGAGAGAGAUCCAAACUUAGUCAUUCAUGUGCAACAUUAUGAAACCAUGCCGUCCCGAUCAUCUGCAAAUAACUUACAUUCAUCAAAGAUCAAUAAUGUGGUCCCCACAUCUCCACACCUACCACAGAUGGCACACCCACAUUCCUAUCCAACAAUGGGGCAAAUUUCAAAUCCAUAUGAACAACAGCCCCCUGGAAAGGAACUUAAUAAGUAUGCAUCGCUAAAGGCUGUUGCUGAAAAGGGCAAUGAUGACUUCUAUUCCAAAAGACGGCAUCUUGCAGAGCUAGCUGCAAAAGGAAGCCUUCCCCUACAUCCAGUAAGAGUGGAUCAAGAAAGAUCAUACAGUCCAGAAGGUGGCACCUUGAAAGUAAAUGGACAAAAAGCCAAAGCCAAUAAAAUACACACGCAUCCACUGGCCUCAACAUAUAAUCCUGACUACAAAACCUGGGACCACAGUGAGCACUCACUUCGGAGGCAAGCCUAUGCAACUAAGAAGCACUGCCCAGUAGAGUCUGUUAAUGAACCACUGCAAUCUCAAAAUCAGCAUUUCAUGCCCUCCCAGCCAUACUUUGUUACAAACAGCAAAACAGAGGUGACAGUGUGACAUUUACAAAAUCCCUUAUAACUAGAAGAAAAUACUGUUGGCAUAUAGAAGUAUAAUGUAAGUGAAGUCCUGAUAAGCAUCAGUUGAAAGGAGUGGGUUGGGACUGCGACGAUCAGCAAUACAAUGAAGAAAUGGAAUGAGGGGCUCCAGGUGUCAUUUCCAGCGAAAAAUAGGAAAACUAAAUUGCCUAACCUUUUUUAAUAUAUUUUCAAGUUCAUAAAAAA